CCAGCAUCCAACCUCUAUUUUCAGUCUCCAUACUAAAACAACACACCCGCCAUGUCUGAACGGAAAGUUCUCACCAAGUACUACCCCCCGGACUUCGACCCGUCCGCGAUCACCCGCAAGCCGAAGCACUUGCGUUCAACGGGCCCGAAAGUCAUCACCGUCCGAUUGAUGGCGCCCUUCUCAAUGAAAUGUACCUCAUGUGGCGAAUAUAUCUACAAAGGCCGCAAAUUCAACGCGCGCAAAGAAACCACCGAAGAAAAAUACCUCGCCAUCCCUGUCUUCCGCUUCUACAUCCGCUGCACUCGCUGCUCCGGCGAAAUCACAUUCAAAACAGACCCCAAGAACAUGGACUACACGUGCGAGCGCGGCGCAAAGCGGAACUUCGAGCCCUGGCGGGACGCCAAGGCGGAGAAUUACCAUGAGACGGAGGAGGAGACGCUGAAUCGCUUGGAAAGGGAAGAGAAUGAGGAGCAUGAGCGUGAGGAGAGGGAUAAGAUGGCGGAGUUGGAGUCGAAGAUGUUGGAUUCGAAGAGGGAGAUGGCAAUUGCGGAUGCGUUGGAUGAGAUUCGGACGAGGAAUGCGAGAAUUGAGAGGAAUGAGGCGAUUGGGGAUGAGACAGCGAUAGCGCAGGUUAGGGAUGUUGUGGAUGAGGCGAAGGCGAAGGAGGAGAGGGAGAUUGAGGAGGCUGCGAGAAAGGCUUUUAUGACGGAGUCGGGGGAGAAGGUCAAGCGGAUUGUCGAGGAGGAUGGGCCAUCGACGAGUACCGCUGCUCCGGAGAAGAAGCCGGAUAUGCCUCCACCUUCGUUUGCAAGAGUCAAAAAGCCAAAGAAGCCUUUGGCAAACAGUCUCGGGAUUAAGAAGAAGCAAUCCCUUGUAUAGACUCACACCCCCCUCACCAUGUUUAUGGUACUUAAUGUUUGGCAUUUGGCGUUUGGUACAGGGCAUGCAUUUACAGCACUGAGUUACAGAAUCAAGCAACCAUGAAUAAUAAGAUUUAUGGUAUUAUUUACUGUACAUCAACCGGAGUCAAAAAACAAAUGGCUAGAUUGAAUACAGGACGCGAAUAAGACAAUAAAGAUAUCCAUAACC